GGUUACAAUUUCACUUCUUUUUCAUUCACAGAUCGUAGGAACUGAUACCAUAUAAUCAGUUAAACGCUGUCUGCCUACUUAAGUUAUACUCCCUUCAAACAUCUAUCGCCAUCUUCCUAAUGGAGACUUAGGUCUGAGAUCUCUUAGCAACGCCUCCUUUAGUAUCUGAGUUACAGCUGGUUUCAAUCAGACCUAAAAAUAUGGAGAAACGAGACCGCCUUCUGGACAUCCCUUGCCGAGUGUGCGGGGACCGAAGCUCAGGGAAACAUUAUGGUAUCUACAGUUGUGACGGAUGCUCGGGUUUUUUCAAGCGGAGCAUCCAUCGCAAUCGAGUUUACACUUGUAAAGCUCAAGGAGAUUUGAAAGGAAAAUGCCCCAUUGACAAGACUCACAGAAACCAGUGCCGUGCUUGCAGGCUCAAGAAGUGUUUCGAAGCCUGUAUGAAUAAGGACGCUGUUCAACACGAAAGAGGCCCCAGAAAACCUCGGUUUAAAGACCAUCGACACCGACCUGAUCCUACCAAAGGACUGACCAGUGCUGGAACUACAACCUUUGGAUCCAAACUACGUCAUCCUUUCGAGAUGAGUAAGCUUCCGACUUCUCUAGCGGCCUCCGUAGGAGUUCCGAGCUCCCAACCUUCUAUGAUGUUUAGCCCAGGAGAAGAUAUCCCCGCGGCUCCGUCGUCAGCCUUUCUCGGGGCUGCAUCGCCGGGCCUGCUGCAGAUGUUGCUCAACGCCGAGAAGUCCCAGGAGUUCAUGUGGAAUACAGUCCGACUGAACUCCGCUCUUGCGUGUACUAACUCAAGUUUCAACUUAGGUUCCAUACUGGCUACCACUCGAGCUGACGGCCUCCCUUCGCUUCCAGCCCCACCUCCUUUUUUCUACCCAACCUCCUGUCCCGCCUCCUGCGCCAGCGGGGAGAACCACUUCCGCAGCUCUCUUGGGGUCCUUCCCGCACUCCUGCCUGCCACUUCCACUGUCACGUCCGCCGGUCAAAUAGAAUCUGUACAAGAAGUGACAGCUCGAUUACUGUUCAUGGUCAUCCGCUGGGUCAAGUGUCUCCCUACUUUUCAGACGCUCAGCAAAAGUGACCAGGUCAUAUUACUGGAAGAGUCAUGGAAGGACCUGUUUUUACUGAAUAUGGCGCAGUGGUCAGUUACAUCGGAUAUUUUAUCCACUUUGCCCGGGCCUAAACUGACCGCACUUCGGACAGGUUCCGAUCCAAAACCUGGUGAGCUCCAAUCACAACAUGCUUCUGACGUACACUACAUCCAAGAUGUCAUGAGACGAUACCGUCAGUUGUCGCCAGAUUUUACUGAGUGUAGCUGUUUGAAAGCAAUUGUGUUGUUUAAACCAGAAACUGUAGGUUUAUGUGAUAUUCAUCCAGUUGAGAUGUUACAAGACCAGGCCCAAUGCAUUUUGGGAGAUUAUGUCAGACACAAAUACCCUCGGCAGCCAACAAGAUUCGGACGGCUUCUUCUGUUGGUUCCUUGUCUUCGGGCUGUUAGCGCAGGGAUGGUGGAAAGACUCUUCUUCAGAGACACUGUUGGAGACAUUCCCAUCGAGAGACUUCUGGGAGACAUGUAUCACAUGGAAAAAACAGAGUGACUUUACGAGUACAAUACAGGUGUUUUUUUUUGGUUUUUUUUGUAGAUAAGUUUUAUUCGAAGGAUUCUGGAUAAAAGCUAUUAUAAGGACAUUAAAGAGGUGGCUUUAUAUGUAAGCUACUGUUGGGAAGUGGUGUAGUAAAAUAUUG